GAUGACGUGGAGCUGGCUUACGAGGAGCCGCGGCCGAGGAAGAGGCGCCGUCGGCCUGUGUCUGGAUCUGGUAGUGGGAGCAGCGAGCCGGGCAGAUGGGGCGCGCGACCCGUUCAUGCUAAACGCACGCGCGAGCGGUUCACCUCAGCGUCGUCGUCGUCGUCAUCAGCCGACGAGGAGCCUGCGGAGCGGCGCUACGAGUCCGACCACUCGUACCACCCGCGACACUCCACCGACGAGGACGCGCCGCUGCACCUCUACAGACAAAGGCAAGAGGGCGCGACGGAAAAUGGCUCGGACGCGGGGCCCUCUAGCGGCCGCCGGCAGAACGGACACGCGAGGGGAGUGUCGCUCCGAGCACGACGGAGCCCGCGACGCUACAACGAAGACAGCGACGACGACACACCAGCGGCCAUCAGCAAGCGCUCGCAGCACCAGCACCAGCAGCGCCAGCUCGCGCUGCACCACCGCCGCACGCGACACGCCUUGCAGGUACCGUGCGUCAUCCGUCGCUGAUGACGCGCGUCACACACACCCGCCGCCAUCAGCAAGCGCUCGCAGCACCAGCACCAGCAGCGCCAGCUCGCGCUGCACCACCGCCGCACGCGACACGCCUUGCAGGUACCGUGCGUCAUCCGUCGCUGAUGACGCGCGUCACACACACCCGCCGCCAUCAGCAAGCGCUCGCAGCACCAGCACCAGCAGCGCCAGCUCGCGCUGCACCACCGCCGCACGCGACACGCCUUGCAGGUACCGUGCGUCAUCCGUCGCUGAUGACGCGCGUCACACACACCCGCCGCCAUCAGCAAGCGCUCGCAGCACCAGCACCAGCAGCGCCAGCUCGCGCUGCACCACCGCCGCACGCGACACGCCUUGCAGGUACCGUGCGUCAUCCGUCGCUGAUGACGCGCGUCACACACACCCGCCGCCAUCAGCAAGCGCUCGCAGCACCAGCACCAGCAGCGCCAGCUCGCGCUGCACCACCGCCGCACGCGACACGCCUUGCAGGUACCGUGCGUCAUCCGUCGCUGAUGACGCGCGUCACACACACCCGCCGCCAUCAGCAAGCGCUCGCAGCACCAGCACCAGCAGCGCCAGCUCGCGCUGCACCACCGCCGCACGCGACACGCCUUGCAGGUACCGUGCGUCAUCCGUCGCUGAUGACGCGCGUCACACACACCCGCCGCCAUCAGCAAGCGCUCGCAGCACCAGCACCAGCAGCGCCAGCUCGCGCUGCACCACCGCCGCACGCGACACGCCUUGCAGGUACCGUGCGUCAUCCGUCGCUGAUGACGCGCGUCACACACACCCGCCGCCAUCAGCAAGCGCUCGCAGCACCAGCACCAGCAGCGCCAGCUCGCGCUGCACCACCGCCGCACGCGACACGCCUUGCAGGUACCGUGCGUCAUCCGUCGCUGAUGACGCGCGUCACACACACCCGCCGCCAUCAGCAAGCGCUCGCAGCACCAGCACCAGCAGCGCCAGCUCGCGCUGCACCACCGCCGCACGCGACACGCCUUGCAGACGAUCGUGACGGUGGACGCGGACCACAACUACUUCAACGGGCACGCGCGCGAGGCGCCGCGCGACGUGCCGCGUGACGCGCCGCGGGACGCCUCGCCCGAACCCACGCACUCCACGCAC